AUGGCGCCUGUUCCAGCUGGCGCAGCUCUGCUUUUCCAUCCGAAAAAGAACGCGAAAAGACCUAUAGCGCCUCCCCGUUCCGUUUCUCCCAAUAAGCCUGCGGCUCCUAAGCCCAAACCUGUCGCACCCGUCGUCGAUGAUGACGCCCCACCGCCACUCCCAGACGGGCCAUACACAGAGUUCAAGCUCGUUUCGUCCGCUCUCAAUGGCUGGAAGUACGAUGUCAUGAAGUUCGACUCGCGAAAGCCGGUCGACGUCUUUACCUGGCAGGCCCCGGUCAAGCUUAAUCGCAAAGACCUUCGCCGACAAAAUCCUAACGCAGAACCUGACGAAUCGGAGUCUCGAGCGGUAGGGCCAAUGCUUGGCCCAGAUGGGAAGGCGGUUAUCGGCAUGGAUGGUCGGAUGGUUAUGGUAGAUGCAGAGGGAAAGCCUAUCCAUCCUGGCCAGCCCUCGAUGCCCGCCAAGGAUAAGCCUAAGGACGGUGUCCAGAAGAGGAAGAAGCCUCCGAAGAAGACGAAGCAGGUAUUCAAGAUACCAGAAGCUACGAGGCAGUUGAGGAGAGAGGAGAGAUAUCCCUGGGUUAUGGAGGAUGGAAUUGGUAGAGAGACGUGGGUGGGAAGCAUGGAGGAGGCGAGCAAGUCUGAAACCCACGCUUUCUUUAUGCCUGCCCAGAACAAUACGUUCAAGUUCGUCCCAGCGCACCGCUGGUAUAAGUUCCAGAAAAAACCAUCACACUACAUCCCGACCUUAGAGGAGGCGGAGGCAGCGAUGGCGGCCAGGAAUAAGAACAAAGAUCCCUCUCUCUGGUUGAAGCAGAAGCGUGGUGGUCAAGCCCCAUCUGCCGCCACUGCCGCCAUGUUCAAGGCCGAGAGCGAUGGAUCGAAUGAUCUCUCGCAAAACUUCGCUCCAAAUGGCCGUCGGUUGCGGACAGUACGCAGGGAGGACGAAUUAUUCGGUGAUGACGAUGAUGAGGGUGGAGCUCGUAGGAGGCGGGCAGACGGUGCAGAUGCAGACUUCGAGGAGAUUCCUUACCACGAGGAAUUCGCGGACGAUGAAGAAAAGAUGGGCGUAGAGGAAGAGGAGGACGAGGUAGAGAAGGAGAUGGAGGAACGGCUUCAACGGGAAUACAUGAGCGCAAACAAACAACGUGACGGUCACGUCGAUGAGGACGCCGACGACGAAGACGAUGAGGAGACUAGCACGGCGAAGGCUAUGCGUAAACUCCUGACCAAACGAGACAAGAACGCAGCAUAUGAUUCUGACGAAGAGAAGAAUCCAUAUGCUAGUUCCGAGGAAGAGGAGGAGGAUGAACAGGUCAUUUCAAAUGAGCCGGCCGUCCAGUCACACCUCACUACUAGACCAUCUCGACCGCAGACCCCCUCUCAGACGAAACCAUCUCAGCCAGGUCUUCCCACUACCACCACAUCCUCUUCAACUGAUCCAAAUGCUCGUGCCAAAUCACCUACCGUCGGCUCUCCGGUGUCCGACCACGGCGGUCACUCGGUCGUCGCGAAACGCGCCACUAGCCCCAAGAUGCCCAAACCAAAGUCCGUCAACGGGAUCCCUCGGGCCACCAGCCCACUCGCGCAAGCCCGCCCACCAGUCGCCAAUGGAUCCUCGGCGAAGAUGAUCAAACCUGCAUCGCCUUCAUCUUCCAGUCCUGCCGCAAGUUCUCCAAAGGUGGGCAAUAAGCGCAAGGCGACGGACGACACUGGCGAUUCAUCCGCACCUGUUCCGUCGACGUCGAACGAGGGUGGUCAACCAAAGCCUAAGAAGCGCAAGCCCGCCGGCCCAGCAAUCGACGCCAACGGCAAUCUAAUCGAGCUCACCGACGAGAUGGUUCUCGACUGGUUGAGGAAGACGCCUAAUGUGAAGACGAGGGACUGUAUCGCGUACUUCACUCCGUAUCUGCACAACGAGGAGCAGAAGCAGAAUUUCACCGCGCUCAUCAAGACCGUUGCCUCUUUGAAAAAUGGUGUUUUGGUGUUGAAAAGCGUCUACAGGAACGGGGGAAGGCGGAGUAAUGGAUCGUCUCCUGCAUCGACACCCAUGGACCUUGCCUGAUCGCCCUAUAUAAUCGCUUUUGACAUCGUUUGUUGUUCGUCUAUGCAUUCCAUACUCUUCCUUUCCGCCUCGCUGAACGUUUUGUCGGUUGAGUGUACUGAUAUAUAUCCUGUGUUAUCUAUGGAAAUGAUUGAUGUAGCCCAGAUGGGCCAUCCUGUUUUGUGUAAUUGUGGCAUGAACAAUGUUGCACUGGUAGUUCGAG